AUGCAUUUCCUCACCAUCACUGCACUCGUCCUUUCGGGAGUCAUCUUCGCUGCCGUCACGGGCGCCCCGGCCACUAACGAUGCCACGGACGCGAGCGGAGAAACGCCCACUCUGCUGCUGGAUUCCGAAGAACAACCACAUCACAGACGUAAGUUCGGGCUGCUCUUCUAUGUAAAAUAGAAUCCAGUCGCAUCUAAAUUUUCAUAAGUUGCCAGAAUUCGUUUCUCCUCUAAAAACUUCCCAUUUUCAGCCAAGUUCUUCAACUGGGACUACAAGGAUCUCGGAACGACAGCAUUCGAGGACGUUCCUCUGCCUGCCCGUCAGCCAACCGCCCUCAUCAACCAAACUGAGCAGUGCCCGGACAAAUGGCUUCGUUUCGCCGAUUCGUGCUACUUUAUCGAGACGGAAUUGCUCGGAUUCGCGAAGGCAGAGAGAAAGUGCUUCGAGAAGCAGUCGACGCUGUUUGUGGCCAACUCGCUGGAGGAGUGGGAUACCAUCCGUGCUCACGCCAAGGACGCUUACUUCUCGUGGAUCGGACUGAUCAGAUUCUCGCACUACGAGAAGAACGAGCAGCUGCCAAGAUGGCAAACGGAAGGAGCCAUCAACCCGUCCAAGAUGUGAGUUCUAGCCUCACUUUUAUCUUUUUACCGUCUUCUUUCAGCAACUGGCUCGUCAAGCCCUACAAGCCGCUCGUCAACGGAUGGACCCAGUUCGCCAACUGCGCAGCCAGCUACAAAUCGCCGUCGACUGUCGAGACUGCCUCGUACACCUUCUUCUAUCCGUGCACGUACCUGCUCUACUCCAUCUGUGAGCGCAAUGCGACUAUCGUCCACGCUUUGCAGUGA